AUGCACUUCUCUAUUCCACUCGUCGCUGCGACCCUCGCAACCCUCUCUUCCGCGCUCCCACUCCAGGAGAACCAGCAGCUCGCCUUCGGCACCUCCGGCUCGACCAGGCAGGAGCUCGCCGCCGCUUUCGAGUCUCUGCCGGUCAAGCUCGCCGCCAAGCUCGAAAAGCAUAUCGCGAGUCUGCCGGAGCAGCGACUGGUCAAGCUCGGAGACGACGAGGCGCCGAUCCCGAUCACGGAGGGGGAGAAAGCGCUCCUCGUCCUCGCGGGCAAGCGAUUCGUCGAUGUUACCGAGGAGGACUUGACGGUUGCCGUGGCGGAGAAGCAGUCCUUCCCCUCGAAGCUCUCCUACAACACCAAAGCCCUUCAGUCGCUCUUCGACGACCUGUCGACGAGCGAGAUGCGCCGAUUCCUCCAGAGCUUCACCGGCUUCCGCACUCGGUACUACCGCUCAGAUACCGGCAAGCAGUCGCAGCAAUUCCUCCUCGGCCAGAUCAAGCAAGUCGCCAAGUCGAACAAGGACCUCAAGAUCAAGGUCUCCGAGUUCCAGCACUCGUGGGGCCAGAACUCGAUCAUCGCGAGGUUUGAGCCGGCGUCGAGCGCGCACAACGUCUCGGACAGCGUCGUGAUCAUCGGCGCCCACCAGGACUCGACCAACCUGCUUCCCUUCCUCGCUGCGCCGGGUGCCGACGACGAUGCCUCGGGCACCACCUCGAUUCUCUCCGCCUUCAAGUCUCUCGUGCACGCCGGCUUCCAGCCCAGCCUCCACCCCGUCGAAUUCCACUGGUACUCUGCCGAGGAGGGCGGCCUUCUCGGAUCGCAGGCAGUCGCGCAGGAGUAUGCUUCGCGCGGGACCAAGGUCCGCGCCAUGACUCAGCUCGACAUGACGGCCUUUGUCAAGCCCGGUACCGAGCCGCGCAUCGGCGUCAUCCAGGAUUACGUCGACCCCGCCUUCACCAAGUUCUUGACGACUGUCGCUGGCGAGUACGCCGAGAUCCCGACUGUCGAGACGCAGUGCGGCUAUGCUUGCUCCGACCACGCCUCGUGGUCCAAGGUUGGGGCGCCCUCGGCCUUCAUGAUUGAGAGCACCUUCGCCGAUUCGUCUAAGGCGAUCCACUCGAGCCAGGACACCAUCGACCAGCCCGGCUACUCUCUCGAACACAUCAAGCAGUUCGCCCGCGUCGCCAUCGCCCUCGCCGUCGAGUUGGGCGGUGGAGACUCUGUCGUCGCUUGA